AGAUCUUAAUGAUAUUCUAAGUGAUUUUAGAUUUUCUAAAUUUUACCGUUAUUAUUUCAGAUGAGGCAACAAAACGGCUUGGUGCUGGCAGCGGCGUGGGUGCUCUUCACAGUCAUUCUACCCACCUACACACAAGACAACAUCAUUGGUUCCUUCAUAAAUUUUCUCAACGAAGGCACGAAUCAAUUAGACAACGAACCCCCUGAUCAGGCCAAUUUACUGUCAGAAUAUGAUUUUAUCGUCGUAGGCGCUGGGACAGCAGGCUGCGUUUUGGCGAGUAGAUUGACAGAGGUCCCAGAAUGGAAAGUACUCCUCGUCGAAGCAGGAAUGAACGAGAAUUUUAUCAUGGAUAUACCGCUUCUAGCAAAUUAUCUACAGUUCUCGACCGCAAACUGGAGAUACAAAACAAAACCUUCAAAGAGAUACUGCGCUGGUUUUGAAAACCAACAAUGCAAUUGGCCGAGAGGCAAAGUUAUGGGGGGUUCUAGUGUUUUAAAUUAUAUGAUAUAUACCAGAGGUACUCAACAAGACUAUGACAACUGGGCAGCUCUGGGUAAUGACGGUUGGGGAUGGGAUGACGUAUUGCCCUACUUCAAAAAAAUCGAAAACUUUAAUAUUCCAAGUUUCGAUGAUCCCAAAUAUCAUGGACAUGAUGGAUAUUUAAACAUAGAGCAUGCGCCUUUUCGAACUAAAAAAGGAAAGGCUUGGGUUAAAGGAGCUCAGGAGCUAGGAUUUAAAUACGGUGAUCACAAUGGAGGUGAUUUCGCCGGAGUAUCGUUUUUACAACUGUCAAUGAAAAAUGGAACUCGUCACAGUUCUAACAGAGCAUACUUAUACCCCAUCCACAGAAGAAACAAUCUCCACGUGUCAAAAGGAACAAUGGUUACCAAACUUAUCUUUGACGAUACAAAAACAAAAGUAAUUGGUGUUGAACUAGAAAAGAUGAGACAGAAAUACAAGAUAUUGGCAAAAAAAGAAGUAAUUAUUUCAGCAGGCGCAAUCAAUUCGCCACAACUGCUAAUGUUGUCAGGUAUAGGACCAAAGGAUCAUUUGGAAGCAAUGAGAAUCCCAGUAGUGAAAGAUUUAAAAGUUGGAUAUAAUUUAAUGGACCAUAUAGCUGCUGGAGGGGUACAAUUCAUUGUGCGAAACCAAAACUCAACUCUUAGCACUGAAUACAUUAUAAAUCACUUAGAAUUAGUAUUUAAAUGGAUGUCGACGCAUCAAGGGCCACUAUCAAUUCCAGGCGGUUGUGAAGCUCUUGUAUUCAUGGAGUUAAAGGAUAAAUUCAAUACAACAGGCUGGCCGGAUAUGGAACUACUAUUUAUUGGCGGGGGAUUAAACUCUGAUCCUAGUUUGCCAAACAAUUUCGGUUUCGAUGAACAAAUCUACUCCAACACAUAUGGACCUCUGGGUAGAAGUGACGCCUUUAUGGUAUUCCCAAUGUUAAUGCGACCUAAAUCUAGAGGAAGAGUAAUGCUGCAGAGUAAGAAUCCUAAAACCCAUCCUGCUUUGAUUCCGAACUACUUUGAAUAUCCAGAAGAUUUACAGAAGAUCGUUGAAGGAAUCAAAGUAGCUAUUGAGAUAUCUAAGCAAAGGUCUAUGAAAAACAUUGGGGCUAAAUUGUACGAUGUUCCUAUAGAGGAAUGUUUGAAACAUGGACCGUUUGGUAGCGAUGCUUAUUUCGCAUGCCAGGCACAGAUGUUUACUUUUACGAUCUAUCACCAGAGCGGGACGUGUAAGAUGGGCUCUGCAAGCGAUCCCACUACUGUAGUCGACAACAGAUUAAAAGUUCAUGGUAUAGAUAAACUGCGGGUGAUAGACGCAAGCAUAAUGCCUGAAAUCGUCUCCAGCCACACAAAUUCGCCGGUAUACAUGAUAGCAGAGAAAGGUGCUGAUAUGAUAAAGCAAGAUUGGAGAAAAUUAUGAUCUUUCGUAUCGAUGAAAAGGCUAAAUUAGAUAAACACUUUAGGGAUGGUGUGACCACUUAUGUCUAUUGCUUUCUAAAUUUCUUAUCGUGGAAAUUUCAGAAAAUAUACUCGAAUUUCUAUAUAUAUCUUUGUUAAGAUGACAAUAGUUUACAAUCGCCUUUCUCUUAAACUAUAGUAAAAGCGUAUCUGUGAUGUCAUUAAUUUAAAAGAAUUGUGUAUAAAGUAAGCGGUGGACUACGUUAGAUUAAGUAGACCAAUUUUUAUUGGGUAUUAUUUCUAUUUCAUACCGAAAAACUUGUUGUUUAAAAUUGUUACAAAUUUCAAAUAUAAAGUACGGAUAGGAGGUACGGGCUACACAACAAGUUACUUUUCAUUAUUGUAAUAUAAAUUCUUAUCUCUCAUUGAAAAUUGUGUGUACAGUUACACUGGAUCCUUCACUGGACAGAUCUUAUUGUAAAUUACAGAGAAUCAAAUUUAAAUGCUAAGUGGAAAGUUCAGCUUGUUAGCCAGCACAAUCAACUGUAAAAUUGCAUGGACUUCUCCAGCAAACACGAAUAAAUUUAUCUUGACAUUUUAUACAUAUUAAACUGCAAACUGAAACCAAGCCACUAAACGAAAAACUCCACUAUUGGAUAAUGGUCAUUGUUUCGGUUAAUAAGUUUAGACUUGAAAAAGCGAGACUUCGUUUACUGACGAUAUUGGUUUCAACAUGCUAAUAUGAUAAAAAGUUUGUAUAUAAAGAGAAAUAAUAAGAUAGAGCUCAUAUUAGUAACUAUUACUGCAUAAUUUUGUUAACAAAUUUACAAUUGGUCAACGUCAUCAAUGUAAUGGCCUCAAUAUGACGUUAAUUAAUAAUGGUGGUCGCAGAAGAACAUAUUGAUGGAUUUUUCAGGGUGAGAUUUUCAAUUAAACUGUUGGUUGCUCGGUAUUAUAAAUUAAUUAUUAUACAAAAGUCAUUUAUUACGAAGCAUCGAACAAUUCCUUUGCGGUCAAAAUGCGGUAAUCAUAUCGAACAACUAUAUAUGUAUAUAACUCAAUAUGACCUAUAAGUGUCGCUUAUCCCAUUUUGCCUUUCGAGUGUCGAUAUGAAGUUAUUGUGGUGUACAGAGAUCGAAACGACCUAAAUUUCUAACUAUACACAUAGAGUGCAUAAUACUUCCUUCUGAAUCCCGGAUUGAUUAAAAAUAAAAAGCAACAAUUCAAAACAAAAUAAUUACAUUUUUACUAGAGUUACAAUGAAUAUUCGGUUACUAUUCGGCGGUAUUCGGCCGAAUAACAGAAACAGGCCGGAUAAUCUGAAGAACAUCUCAAUGGUAUUCAACUUAUUCGGCCUGUAAUAGUAACUCAUUAUAAUUUGGCCGAAUGCCGAACACCCACAACAGGAGGAAGAAAUAAGAAAACCACAAUAAAUUAUUGUAAGCGCAAUUUUUUGCUUUUUUAUCUUAAAGAUCAAAGGAAAUAUAACAUAACAAGUUAUUUUUCUAAGAGAUUAAAAAAGGUCACAUACAAAUGACCACUAUCUACUUAUUAUGUAGUUUACUCAUGACUAAAUAAACGCCCAGUCAAGUACUUAUUGUUUGCAAAAUAAAAUAAAAUUUUUAAAAGUUAAUCAAACUGAAGUUUUAAGCAAUUUUUACUCACAAUAAAACCUUUUCUAAAUACACUACCGUAGUACUUGCGAGGUACUCAUAAAAAAUAUAGAACAAAGUACAAUAUAAUAAUUUCAGGACUUUAGAAGGCGGUAUUAUCGACUCUAUUUGUAUUGCUAGAAGUUUAGAUUUGCUAUCUCUGUUGAUGUAUUACGCUACGUCAUGCAAUUUUACAGUCUAAUGUUCCCUUAUUUCGAUGACGUAGUGUUCAAAUUUGCAAUAUGAAACACAAUAGUUCGUUAACUGUAGUAUGCGGCCAUAGGAACUCACCACAUUUAUUCACAUGGAAUCGCAAUGUUAAAAGACAUUGCGCGUAUUGCUUCCACUCGGAUCGCCGACACUAAAAGCACAAAGUCGUUUUCGCUCUUAUUACAUGGACAUAAAGACUUUUCUGAGCGGUUCUUUUUUUAUAUAAUAUUAACGGGACAAAAAGUCGUGCGUUUGAUGGUAAGCUACACGCCUGUCCAUAACAG